AAAAUAAUAAAGAGGUUCCUUCAGGCAAAAGCACUACGAGUGAAGCGCGCGUUCAGCUGUUCAAAACUACACUUCCCAGAAUUCAACGGCUCAGAGUUGCGUAACUUUCGGAACGUCUUCCAGGAGAAACUCUGCGGCCCAGGCGACUUGGCAGAAACAUCAAACACCUCGAUUCUGAAUGACACAAAAUCCGACGCAGUUGUAUAUAGUCGUCCGUAACAAGGAAACCGUCGACCGCAGACGCUCGGAGGCUGACUGUGAAAAGGAUUCAGGGUGGAUUUGAGAACGCAAGAUCGCGAGGGCCUAUCAAAUAUGUCCUCUUCCUCGCAGGCAUCUUCCAGGCGGCAAUGGUGCUACCUUUGCGACCUGCCAAAGAUGCCCUGGGCCAUGAUUUGGGACUUCAGCGAGGCCGUGUGCAGAGGCUGUGUGAACUACGAGGGCGCGGACAGAAUCGAGUUGCUCAUCGACACGGCGCGGCAGCUCAAGCGAACACACGUGAUGCAGGACGGCAGAUCUCCGGGUCCGCAGCCCGCCGGUAAACACGGUCCCGCUGGCAAGGAGGGUCCUAUGGAGACCGGUAGACCGCCCUCCGAGCGAUAUGAGCGGGGAAGGGGAGAUUAUGUGUCCGGCAGGCUGCCCAACGGGCUGCCUAGACUGGAGGAUGGUGGUCCGCCUGAGGUUAGUAGGCAGAGUCCUACUGCCAGGAGGACUUUGGUGGGGGCUGUGCCACCCAGUUUAAUGGCGCAGGGGCUUGUCGGAGCCCCUCAUGGUCUGCUGACCGCCAUGCCUGGUCUGAAUGCCCGAACCGGUGGCGCCCCCUUGACCAUUUCUGCUCCCAUGUUGAACGAGAUCAGUAAAAGACAAGCCCUGGGCAUGGGGAUGAACGUGGGUGUGGCGUCUUUCAUGAGCCCUGAGUUUGAAAGGGAGCUUAAGGAGAAGCAGAGGAACGCUGAAGCCCUCACCGAGCUCUCCGAAAGCGUGAGGAACCGCACGGACGAAUGGCCCGGACGCCCCAAACACAUGCGCGACGCCCUGCACACCCUAUCUAGCUGCACCCCGUUUAAUGUCCGCUUUAAGAAGGACCACGGCCUGGUGGGGAGGGUGUUCGCGUUCGACGCCAAGGUGAUGGUUGAGUUUGAGCUGAAGGUUUUCGUCGAGUACCCGUGCGGGUCAGGUAACGUGUUCUCCAGCGUGUUAGCGCUAGUCAAGCAGAUGUUUCACGACUCUCAGAAAGACACUGGCAAGGUCAUUAACUCGGGCUACAAGUACGUGGAGUAUGAGAAAAGGCAUGGCACCGGCGACUGGCGUCUCCUGUCAGAGCUUCUCAGCGACGCGGUGCGGGCGUUCAAAGACGCGCCAGCCCCGGACGCCCUCCCGCAGUCGUACCUGGACGCCAGCUGCUCCAUGUUGCCCACCGCGCUCUGCCACAUCGGCCGUCCCGCGCAGCCGAGAGUACGCCGACGCAAAGCCUCGCCCGAGCCGGAAGCCACCGAGAGGAUGACCUCAGAGGAAAUCCGCCAGCACUGGUCCCUCGUGUACCCUGGCAUUCCCGGCCACAUGCCCGCUGCAUCGCUAGCCAGCGCAGGACAGCCUCCAGAGGCCCACAGUAGCGACCCUUCGCCCAUCACUGCUCUCAUGAGUGUGGCUGACAACGUUGGCACUGCCACCCUGAAAGAUGCUCCGGGCAGCAGCGGAAGCCACUCCGCCAACGCAGGCCGGCAGAACAGCACCAGUCCUUCACCCGCUGGCGGUCAGCGGCGGCUAGCGUCACGCAACGGGGAACCGUCGGCUGGCAGUAGCUCAGGAGGGCCGACCACGACCGUCACCAUCCCCCUCGCGGACCAGAGCGCUGUUAUGGGAGCUGAAGGCUCAGGAGGAGCCGGAGGCGGAGCCCCUCUCUGCUGUACCAUCUGCCACGAGCGCCUGGAGGACACACACUUCGUCCAGUGUCCAUCGGUGCCCGGGCACAAGUUCUGCUUCCCCUGCACCCGAGACUUCAUCCGCAGACAGGGCUCGGGGAGCGAGGUGUACUGCCCCAGUGGGGAGAAGUGCCCUCUCGUGGGCUCCAACGUGCCCUGGGCCUUCAUGCAAGGCGAGAUCUCCACCAUCCUGGCAGGUGAUGUGAAGGUGAAGAAGGAAAGAGACCCCUAAUGGCCAGCAGCAGAAGCAAAGCUCACUCUGAGGGAGCUGCGAUCCUGAGCCCUAAAGAUGGCGGCUGUGAUCGAGUGGCCCACAGCUCUGGAGAGACGACUGCUGGUGGGCAGAUCCUCUUCCUCCAUCUCCCCCUCUUGCCCUCCUCCGUUUCCUCCCCUUCACCGACUCUCUUUCGGCCAAGACCGAGGAGAACACAGCCAUUUCUCUCUUUAGAGAUGCCCAUGUAUUAAUCCCUCCAGCACUUAUUUCAGACUCUUAGAUUUGUCGGCCCCUGUCAAUUCCAGAACUUCCAGUCCUGCAAAGUGAAACCAGGUUCACGUACCGUGUGGUAUUUACUAUGAGAAGAAACACAUUUCACAGAUCCGGUGGGGUGAACAGUGAUUUCCCAGAAUGUGCUCCAAACCACCUGACAGAUGCAGAUUGUACAGCGGGAAGCAUGUUUGCUAAGGUGACUUCCUUCACAAUCACAGAACUGCACCGACUUCAGGCCCACUCUUGUGUUUGCUGUUGUAUAUGCUGCAUAAAAUAGUCCAGGAAUAUUACUAAGUGCUAAAAGCCCUUCCUUCAAAUCGCUUCUUGAUACGGCAUGUAUAAUAGAUAUCUUUAUGUUUUUUACUCCGUGUAGAUUGUUACCAGAAUUAUCCCUUUCGAUGGUUAUAGAUGUGCAAUCUCUAGAUUUGAUACUAUGUUGCUUUAUGUACCACUAAGUCUUUGAAUGAAUAGAAAACCAAAGAUAGACAUGCUGAAUAUUGUCGUAUCAUAUGAUGCUAUAACAUAUUUUUGUGGCUUUCGUCAGAUUACACGGACAGAUAUGGGGAAUGUUUUACAUUGGAAACUUCUAUUGAACCCUUUAUGGGUAGACACACGAUAGAUUUUUAUUACGAGUAAGCAGAUCGCUAUAUUUUCUAUUGUAACCCAUUGGCUUUUAAACCCUUGGAGGCGAUGACUAGUUUAAUAUUACGACAACAGAGCCACUCUGUGUUUUUUUUUUUAUAAGUACGUGUUGUUGUUUUUUUUUCGUUUUUACAUGUAAAAGGCAUACUUUAUGACAAUUGUUUUAAUGUAAGCGAUGAAAGAUUUGGAAGAGCCGGCGUAUAUUAGACGGGUAGUCCAAUAAACGGUGACCCCCAAACAUAUUUUGGACUCUUCCAGAUCUUUUUGGGCCCAUGUAGGUUCGGUUCUUCACAUUGUUUUGACAAAUCUUCAGUCUUGUUUUAUGACAUUUGAAAAAAUAUAUGACUAAAUAUAUAAAUGCACAAAGUAGUGUUCUGUAAGACCUCUUGUUUAAUCGGCUUUUAUGUUACAGCUUAAAUUGUAUUUAAAUUAAAAGAUUGACUUUUCACAAA